AUGGAGACCGAUGCUGCAUCAACGUUCAGCGCAAAGCCACCUCCAUUGAGUUCGGACCAACUGAAUUAUCUGAUAUGGAGAUAUCUUCAGGAAUCAGGCUACGCCGAGGCUGCUGUCAAGCUUCAACGCGAUUGGAAUGUCGACGCAGAGAGCCUCCCAUUUGCGAAAUGUGUCAAGGGCCACGCGCUGGUUUCUCUGGUGCAAAAGGGUCUUCGCUAUCACCACUUAUCACUCACAAUCGAUGAGAAUGGCCGACCCUCGAAACAGCUCAAUCCGUCCAUGUUCUUCUUUGGGCCCGAAAGCGAGAAACCCCCUCGAGAAGUGCCCGAUGAACCUGUCGUGUCAGCACCUUCGCCCAAUGAUUCUAUCACGGACUCCCGAAGACAGCCUCGGGAUGGCAUUACAAACGGUCUUCAGGAAGCCUUGGCUGCACAGCCGGCGCUCAAACGAGGCCGCAAAACAGCACCCAGUUCAGAACGAAAUGGAAGCGUGGCGCGCAAACCCUCAGCAUCUGCAAACCGACACGUUCAUGCAUCCGCGAUGGACGUGGAUAUGCCGAAUGGCCACCUCGCCCCUCUUGUUGAUGCCAGAUCCCCGUCUGCCACCGAGCUUGGAGGCGAUGACAAUGGCCCUCUUAUUAACGGCAUCAAGGGCGAUGAGCGUAUGGACAUUGACGAAGAAUCACUAGCCGCAGACCACCACAAUCACGAAACACAUAUCGAGCUUGUGCUACCGACUGUUCAUACUCUAGCCACAGGGCAGAGCAUCGGUAUCCAAGUUGCUCCCGCAAAAGUUGCAAACCUGAGCGCAUCUACCACCAUCCUUCAAAUACCCUCUGCUACUGGCCCUGAGAUAUCCAAUUCCCUUACCCAUCUUGCAUGGCGUCCCGGGAAUGACCAACUGCUAACAGCAAUGGGGGAUAACGUCUGCGGGUUCUGGAACGCCGCCGACCGAGCCUCGGAUGCCAUUGGACCACCUCGCUUCCAAGAGCUACUGGAAACGGGAGAUGGGAAACUGGUAAGUGCGAUGGCUUGGGAGCCGAACGGGGAAUUGCUUGCAGUCGCAACCUACAGCGACCACUCUGGCCAGAUACAUUUAUUCGACGGCCAAGAACUCUCUAUGCUCGAGGCCCUACCGGCAUCGCAAAGGGCCAUUACCUCGCUCCUGUGGCAUCGACAAGGCUCCCGGUUGCUUGGAGUCGCUCCCUAUGGUUCCGACACCACGGAUCCUUCUCAGGCCGGUGGCUCUUCCAUUCUUCUAUGGGAUCUAUCCAGAUUAUCCGGGCUUGCCGAACCAUCAACGGUCCUUGUUCCUGAGAUCCUGGUUGAUGUAGACAGCGCAUUUUUUGACGGCAAUGGCAUUAUCUGCGCUGCCGGCAAGAAUGUCGUCUACUAUUGUCGGGCCUUUACAGACAUCGGGAUUGAACACAAGUGGAUCUCGGAUCCUAGUGAGGGCGACUCGUGGACCUUUAUCAGAUGCGCCUGGCACGGGGAAAGAGACGCCAUAUUGGUUGCAGCGUCUGCCGAGACUGGUGCUCUGUGGAUGCCGGCGCAGAACAUUUUCAAAAGAGGGGCGCAUGAUUCACAUAUCACGGGCCUCGAACUUCGACCUCGCUUAGCCAGCACGUUCAAUAUCUCGUGGAAGCAAGAGUUUGCCACUUCCUCCAUGGACGGGACGAUCAAAGUCUGGCAGUACGACGGGGAAAACAAUUCCAUCACGUCGGUGUGCAAACUCAUCAUAGGACAUGGCUCGCCUAUUAUGGCGCUGUCGUAUUCUCCCGAUGGCUUCUGCUUAGCAGGGGCCAGCUACGAUGCCGCUCGUGUCUGGAAUGCUGAACAUAGCCACAAUCUGAUGGCAACAUGGAAGGACGAACAGAGUCUAUGGAGAGGUUCGCAGCUGAAAGAUGAUGACAUGAUGAGCACCGGUGGUGUUUCCAGUCUUAACGGCGAUACGAUUCAAACGAGUUCUGAUCAUGCAUUGAAAUGGGAUGGCCAGAGCAAGAUCCUCGCUUUUGGCCUUGGAUCCCAGGUUGCUCUCAUUGAUUUUCAACGGUGA